GCUCGACUUUGAUUUGCCCUGGCGACUGAUCACUCGUUCGCCGACCGUAGACAGGCACGCGUGCUUAUCUGCCUCGCUCUCCUUCAUUCUCCACAAUGGUUGCUCGAAAGGUCUUUUAUGUCUCUCUGCUCCUCGCAGCAGGUCUCGCUGGUCUGGCAUCGGCUGAUCUGACUCCGGGAGGUAGCGACCAUGCCAUUCGGAUGGAAAGGCGGGCGGUGCACAACCGGCGCUCGCCCAAACCGUCACCAGCGCCAGCGCCUCAAUUUGGAGACUUAUUCAGCUUUGGUCAAACAUCCACCACGUCUCAGAGCAGCUCCUCGAGUUCCAGGUCCGAAAGCGACACGACGACUUCCACCAGCUCGUCGAGCAGCACUUCACAAACUUCCACUUCCUCUUCCUCCGACACCGCUGCUGCAGCAUCAGCCUCGAGAGCUUCUCAAUCCGCCGCAGACGCGUCAUCCAGAUCUGCAUCCAGGGCUUCUGAGUCUGCUGCUGCCUCUUUCUCUUCAGCACAACAGGCGUUGCUCACCUCAACCAACGCUCUGGGAGAGACUUUGACACUGACCAGCACCAUUGCAAAUACACCCACUCCCACUAACACAUCCGAUGCCAACAAGGAUGAAGGUGAUACCAACCACACUCCUUUAAUCAUCGGUGUGUCCGUGGUGGGUGGUGUCGCUCUCCUUGGUGCUCUCGUCUUCUUAUACAUGAAGUUCGGCGGCAAGCGUUUCUCUGACUUCAACGAUGACGACGCUGACAUCAAGUGGCCUGAGCUCAAGCACGAUGGCGACAGUGCAGCAAUGCAACCUUUGCCUGCCAGGAGAACCGGCGGUGCCGGUUUCGACAUGGGCGGCGAGUCGGAUGUCGGCCACGAUGACGACGGCCGAAGCAUGCGAGAAUACGGCAACAAGGGACGCGACAGCUUUGCCAACUCCACAGUGGCCCUCAAUGCUCCAUCGAGCGUAGGCGCAGGGGCCUAUUCACAAGGCGGCUUUGAGGAUGGUUCCGCUUACGGUGGCCAGCACGGCGGAGUGCAGGGUUAUUACGACCCUUACGGCCAAGGCUACGCACCAGGACAAGAGCAAGGUCAAGCUUUCUACGGUGAACAAGCGCAAGGAGGUGGUCACGGCUACGCGGACCACGGUGGAUACGCCGAUCCGAAUGCCGCUUACGCCGAUCCCAACGCGGGGUAUGGAGGUGCGCCAGCUGAUCCUUACGCGCGUGGCCCCAGCCCUCCUGUGCAACAACACUCUGCGCAGCCAAUGCACAACCCAUACGGCUAGACGAAGAAGCGCACGGGGUCACCUUGUAUGCUAUACGAUGUCUCCAUCUCGCUGCUUUGGAGGAGCCGUUCACUGCAUACAGAACAAUUGCACUCGGCCAUGCCACAAGUCGCGCUUUCCCUCUCGAUACCGAAGUCUCAAGCCUCAUCCCGUCACUGAAUCGAACAUACUCGGCAAGCUCAAAACGUCACCACCCGAUUCACCCAAGGCUCGGAAGCCACCUCGUCGCAAGCAGCGGUCGUCGAUCAUGGCGCUG